AUGCAAGGUGAGCAAUCCAAGGAAGGAAUGUUUCCUUAUAUGGCGAGUUUAAUGCAACUUAGACAACAUUUAUGUGGAGUAUCGAUCAUAGGGCAGUUUUGGGCAUUAUCUGCCGCUCAUUGUGUGUACGAUAUAGAAACCGGAAACAUAGCCGACGAUAAACUCCUUUCAAUCGCCGUCGGGAAUAUCCAUUACAGAAAUGGAAUGAUACAUCAAGUACAAUUAAAAAUUCUUCACGAAGGGUUCAACAUAAACGAGCACGUCAAUGAUAUAAUGUUAAUAAAAGUGAUACCUCCUUUUGUGUUUUCAAAAACGGUUCAACCUCUCAAAAUUUAUCCAUAUCCAAUCGACGAUUAUGAAACCCCCGUCGAUGCCAUUGUUGCCGGUUGGGGUUUAAACGAAGAAAGUUGGAAAAGAACCACUCCUACGGCAACACCUGAAAUGCGUUUCGCAGAAGUUAACACAAUCCCUUUACCUUUUUGUAAAACAGUUUAUUCGAUGGCAAAUGAAACAUUUUCACCUUCAGAUUCGCAUAUUUGUGUUUUUACAAUGGUAGGAAGGGGAACUUGCACCGGAGAUUCCGGAGGACCUUUGGUAACACCCGAUGGACAAAUUGGAAUUUUAUCGGUUGGCGGAAGUUGUGAUAAUACUAUUCCUGAAAUUUAUACGCGAAUUUCUAGUUAUUAUACUUGGAUUAAAAAAGCUUUGGGUGAUUUUAAUCCUGUUUGUGAACAUAUCAAAUCAUUAUUAUAA